AUGGGAGAUACAAGUCAACAGCAACCGAUGGAUGCUAGUGUUGAAAAAUUGUGUGAAAUAUUCAGUAAAGUGCUAGAACAGCAACAACUGAAGGGAGUCCCAAAAAUCAUAAAACAAGUACUUGAGCCUAAUCCGGUGAAGCUGUCAGGUGAAAAAGGAGGUGAAAAAGGGAAUAAGCAGAUCAAUGACAGAGUGCUAGUAUGGCUGCUGAGUAGUAUGGAACCAACAAUCCGAGAACAAGUCGAGACCUUUGCCACAGUUGCAGAAGUGUGGUCAGCUUUGGAGAAUCAAUUUGCUGGGAAAUCAAACAAGAUGCAAGCUACUCGAAUUAUGCAUGAGUUGACUCAUUUAAAACAAGGGUCAAGGUCUGUGACCGAAUAUGCUGGUGAAGUGAAGAAGUUGUACAGAGACUUGCAUUAUUACCACCCAUUUGAACCAGUUGAUAAGAAAGACAUGGCUAUUCAUCAUACUUGGUUCCAGUCAUUUGUGAGUAAACUCUUUCUUGAUGGUUUGAAUCAAGAAUUUGAUCUUCCUCGUCAACUUAUAUUCUCUAAGUCUGAUUGGCCUAGUUUGGAUGCUACAAUCUCUAGCAUCAUAGAAGAAGAAACUAGGCUGUCUCAUUCCAAGGUAGAUGGUUAUAAAGGAAUUGAUGUUCGUGCUGCUUUAUCUAUUAAGAAUAACCGCACACUCAAUUCCCAAGGAGUCAAGAACAAGACAGACACAUUGUGUGAUCAUUGUGGCCGUGAAGGGCAUACAAUAGAGAAGUGCUUUAAGUUACAUGGUUUUCCAUCUGGGUGGAAAAAGGGGAGAACUCCCGAGGUGGUAAAUGGAAUCAAGCAAAUCACACUCAACCUGAUGGGGAGCUUCCAGUGGUAG